AUGGUUUGUGAUGAGUGCCUGGCCUAUCCGAAAUCGCCGAAACGUAAACAACCGAAUGGAUCAGGAAAUAUGGUUCAGCGUACGAUUGAUAUUCAAAAUUCAACGUUGGCAUUGUCGAAGUCACCGGCUUUUGUUGUUACAUCGCCAAAAGUUACGUCUGUUAAGCAGAAUCAACAACUUCAAACUGCAAUCGACGCUUUGGUUCAGAAAAUCGAUUCUCAAACGAACACGAUCGCUGGUCUGCAGAUAUCGGUGGAGAAAAUGAAUGGAACGGUUCGAGAAAAUACAGCCGCAGUUGUUGAAUCUACCAAUGAGUCCAAAGCCACAUAUGCCAGCAUAGAACGGAAAGGAAUCGAUUCGAUUGGAACGCCAAGGUCUACUAAGCGUAUGGAAAUACCGAAAUCAUUGAAGCCAAUGAAAACGCCGAAAAUGUCGAAGCCUGUGACUGCCGGUACUUCUAAUAUCUUGAUUGGAAAACCUCUUUCACCGCCCAAACAAAAGCGAGCUGGUCGACUGGAACACGAGAAGGGUGUCUGGAUUUCUGGUAUUCAUCGAGAUACGACGGAAGCAGAAAUAACGGAGCACAUCAAGGGGUCGACUGGAAUCGCUUCAACUGAAUUUGAAGUUCGUAAACUGGUCAAGAAGAAUCGCGACAUCACAACGUAUUCGUUCGUAUCCUUCUUCAUUGGAUGCAAACAAGCGAAUUUCAGUACUCUGAUGCAACCGAUGUAUUGGCCGUCAAACAGUCAGAUCCGUGAAUUCGAAAUUGAACAUAAACCGUCAACUGGAGCACGUGUGGGACAAACUUCGCAACAAGUGGAAGCAUCAAAAAACUCGGAACGCCUACCGAAGGAUCCAGAUCAAACAGCGAUGGAUACCGCUCAGUUACAAUCGCUCAUCACGUCAUUUUUCCAAAACGCAAGUGGUAAUUCAGCAACCCGUCAAACCUUGCCAUUGGAACUAUCACAAUCAGUUGAAGAUACCGAACGUUUGCAUACAUUACCGAUCUACUUUAACAACGUCCGCAGCAUCAUGAACAAACGAAAUAUCAACAUGAAAAUCGAAUUAUCCAUUUACAAGGCGCUCUGUUUCACCGAAACCAUGUUUGGCAAUGGACAAUCCAGCAGUGUAUAUUUUCCAGACAAAUUCAAUGUUUACCGGUGUGACAGAAUUGUACAAAUGUUGAGACGAUCGGGUGGAGUUGCAGUAUUGGUGCAUUAUACAUUGAGAAGUAAUUCAGUUCCGAUCAAUUCUGAAAUUGGACCGGAGGAGGCGAGCGAAUUCGUGGUGGUCGAGAUACACAUCAAACCUCGGUCAUUAAUCCUAUACGUCUGCUACAUGAGUGUAUUUGACCUGAGCAUUGCUCUGAAACAUUAUCAUCAUGUGAAACUCAUCGUAGAGAAGUAUCGUAAUCACCGAAUAAUUGUCCUGGGCGACUUCAAUCUACAUGACAUAAACUGGUCUCUCGAUGAUGACGAUGAAAACGCCUAUCUACCGUAUGCUUCGACCGAUCACAAUGCUAAUGGAAAUCGUUCGUGCUUCCAAACUGAUGCGCUCGACUUUUUGGACAAAAUGCUUAGCCUGCCACUAUCACAACUCUCGAAUUUCCGCAAUAAUGCUUCAAACGUUUUGGACUUGGUAUUCGUGAAUGAGUCUGAUGCAGUAAACGUAACAAGUGACCGACAUACUAUCAUCGAGCAGUCACAGCAAGACGCCAGACACAUUCCGUAUGAAAUCAAAUUGGAUUAUUCGAAAUCAUCGUCGUAUACGGAAACCGUCACUGUUCGUCAAUACAAACGUGGAAAUUAUGUAAGGAUGGCACAACAAUUGGAAGCAAUAAAUUUCCAGCACGAAUUCAACAUGAGAAAUGACGAAUCAGCGUACGAAUUUUUCACUCAAACGAUGCAGUCUCUCAUUGAGCAAAACAUACCAACGAGAACGAUUAAAAAGUAUUCGAACAAACCGAAAUGGUGGAAUCAGGACAUUCAGCAUCUAAAGAAUCGUCGGAACAAACUGCACAAGCGCAAGGGUGAUGGGCAGGCAUCAAUGACCGAAUAUGAGGCAGCAGAAAAGGUAUUUAGUGAAGAAUGUGACCGUCAAUUCGAUGAAUUCAAUCUACGCACACAAGAGAACAUCAAGUCAAAUCCGUCGGAAUUUUGGAAAUUUGUCAAAAUGAACGGUCGUAACGAGAGGUAUCCUGACGUAAUGAAAUAUGGCGAUAAAAUUGGCACAUCAACGGAAGAAACUGUCAACUUAUUCGCUGAUUACUUCGAAUCGAUUUAUGUAAAGGACGAAGGAAACUGGAACUUCGACGAUGUUUAUGUUCCUAUAAGUGGCGCUGAGGAAAUAAAUUUAUCGUUGUUCGACAUUGAGGCAGCAAUUCAUUCGCUUGAUUGGAAAAGUGGUGCUGGUCCGGAUGACAUUAAGCCAUUGGUUAUCAAAAUGUGUGCACCAACGAUCGUAUGGCCUAUUUGGCUGCUGCAUCAAAAAUCAUUUGAUUCUGGAAAGAUUGCGGCCGCAGCAAAAAUGUCGCGGGUUGUUCCUGUCCAUAAGAAAGGUGACAAAGCUAACGUUACGAACUACAGAGUCGUUGCCAUUCAAACGCUGCUUCUUAAAAUCCACGAAAUUGCCAUGAAACGUAAAGUCAGUGAAAAGAUCCAGCCUCAAUUGAAAAGUGCACAACAUGGUUUCAGAGACAAAAGAUCAGUUGUCACGAAUCUGCUAGGGUUGUCUAUACUGGCACAUGCCGCUUUUGAACGUUUAGCACAGCUUGACAUAUUCUACGGCGACUACAAGACGGCAUUCGAUAAGUUAGUAAUUUUGUUGUUAAUUAUCAAGUUAGCUAGAUUUGGAAUCGGUAAGAAAACUGCACGAUGGAUUUGUCAAUAUUUGGUUGGUAGGACCAAUUACGUUCAAAUUGGCAAUUCCAAAUCAAGAUGCUAUGAGUCACCAUCAGGAGUACCGCCUGGGAGUUCACUCGGACCGCUUAUGUUUAUUGUGUUCAUAAAUGACAUUGUUGACUCAGUGGAAUUCGCGAAUACUCUACUGUUUGCGGAUGAUAUUAAAUUGGCGUCCAUAAUUUCUGACCACUACGACACACGUAAAAUGCAGCGCGACAUCGACAAUGUAGUAAACUGGAAUACAGCGAACCGUCUAUUCUUCAACGAGGAAAAAUGCUACAUAUUCAGUUUAUAUCGACACGAACCAUCGUUCAUCCGUGCCGAUUAUACAAUGGGCGAUAAGAUCAUCAGCAGAGUCGAGGAAACGAGCGAUUUGGGCGUAUUGGUUAAUAGAUGGUUUCAUCCGGGUAGUCACAUCGAACAGAUGACAAUGAAGUGUCGCCAGACAAUUGGCUGCAUAAAACACUUUUCAAAUGGCAAUUUUACGAAAGAAACGCAGCGAAUACUCUAUGUGGCAUACGUUCGGUCGAGGCUUGAGUUCGCAUCGCCCAUUUGGAACCCAGCAGCACAAGUAUACAAAGACGAUAUCGAAUCCGUACAGAAGCAGUUCCACAAAUAUUUGAUCAUCGCACGAUCUGUUCCGCUGAAAUCCAGCUUGGUAUAA